AUGGUCCUCCUGGCUCACACCCUGGCACUGCUGGCAAUGACUGUGGCCGCCACAGCCAUCAAGGUGGUGCCCCUGGACAUGGCCAGGGACUCCUUCGAUGACCAGUACCGGGGCUGCGGCCCUGCCAUGACCAAGGCAUUGCCAGCACUCUACAAAUUUGAGUUUCAGAAGAAUCCUCUCUUUGCCAAGACCUGGAUGAAGGCUGAGGCUGAGUGGCGCAAGCGGGGCUCCCAUGUGUCCCCUUUGAUGUCUCCAGGCCAGGCUGUCGCUGUCAUGGCCUACACAAUGAAGGACAUUUACAAGGACUUCAAUGCAGCCGUACACGUGGCUGGACGCUCCCGCCAGGAAUACCGGAACGACUUCCACUUCAAAAUGCUGCAUUUCCUGCUGACCCAGGCCCUGGUGACACUGAGGCAGGCUCAGAAGGGGCAGUGUCACCAGGUGUACCGGGGUGUGCGUGACGUCCAGUUCCAGGCGCGGCAAGGCCAGAGGGUCCGCUUUGGUCAAUUCACAUCAACAUCUCCACGUAAAGAGAUUGCUCUGCACUUUGGGACAGACACGAUAUUCCAAGUGCAGACGUGCCAUGGAGUGGAUAUCCGGCAGUUCUCCAUGUAUCCAACAGAGGAAGAGGUGCUGAUCCCACCAUUUGAGACCUUUCAGGUCACCCAAGUCAUCUGGGAUGGGAAGAGGACAUGGAUCUGGCUCCGCUCCGUCGGGACCUUCAGCAAAUACAACUGCGCAUUGCUGUGAGGUGACAGCACUGGGGACACCCUGGGGGGAUGCGGAC